UGAUACAUGGUAUAGUUAAGAAAUUAUAUAAAUUAAGACCUCUGUACAUGAACAUAUUGAAAAUUUGGUUUAUCGAUUUUGGAUUAUCCGAAUCAGUUUAAAAUUAUACAGUGUGAUCAAGCUAGGUAUAUAAAGUCCUAUUAAUUUUAUAAAGUGCUUAUAUAGAAUUCGUGAUUUGGAAAUCUGGUUCGGAUUAUAGAAUAUGAUUUAGCUGUUUGAUAUUUGGAACGUAAACAUUUUUGAAAGGUCAUUUCUUAACAUUAAAAAGGGUUCAGUGUGUUUCGUAGAAUAGGAGUAAUAAGGAAAUAUUUUACUUUUUUCAGGGUCCGAAAAUGUGAUCCCUGGAAUCCGCGAUGAAUUUACGGACUAAACGUUGGAGAACUGACAGAGUUAACAAAACUUUGGAAUAUAGUGUUACAUCAUAAAACAAAAGUAAGGGAGGUUUUUGGAAAGAAAACAUCGUUUAGCUGUCGUCAUGACUACAGUAGAAGCGUCGAAAGAUGAUAUCCCGACGACUAACCCGCCGGCCGACGAGGAGGAUAGUGACGACGAUGAAGAAGAUGAAAAUCUCGUAUUUACGGUGUAUACGGCGGAAUCUUGGGAUAAUCAAAUUCUCCUCGAAAAAAGAAAUAAAGAGAAAGAGGAAGAAAAUAAGAAAAAUCAGGGCGAGGCCCAUCUUGUGGAUGGUGAAUUACACUUUGACUCUGAGGAACAUCAUGGGCCACAGAAAACUAGAAACCCAGCCCUUGUAGAAGGAAAUACACUGAAAGAAGAUUCAGGGUUCCCGAAAGAAUUGUACGGUAAACCUGUCGAGGAAUUUGACAAGAUCAUCGCAGAAAGAGAUAAGACUUUCUGUGUGGUUGCUCCAAGAUUCAAGAAAGAAUACAUCUAUCGUUUUUCAUCCACUCCGUCUUUCUACUUGUUGAAUGUAUGGAAUCCAUUCCGAAGACAGUGUGUGUACAUUGCCACCAAUCAAUAUUUUGACUACUUGAUUAUUACAACCAUUCUCACUAAUUGCAUAUUUCUCGCCAUGCCAUCCUCAGAUGCCGCCGUCACUUCAGAGUAUGUUUUUCUUGCUAUUUACACCCUUGAGAUGUUCAUUAAACUGUUUGCACGAGGGUUCAUCAUCAACUCCUUCACGUACCUCCGCGAUGCCUGGAACUGGUUGGAUUUUCUGGUCAUCUGCUCAGCAUAUUUAACAAUUGUUCUUGAAAACACAAGUAGUGGAGGAGGUCUGGGAAAUCUACAGGGUAUACGAACAUUUCGGGUAUUCAGAGUUCUUCGGACCAUUUCAAUUGUACCAGGUCUCAAAACAAUAGUGAAUGCGUUACUACGAGCUUUCCGAAUGCUGCUUGAAGUGAUGAUGCUCAUUUUGUUCUGCCUUAUGGUCUUUGCUCUGUUUUCUCUACAAAUCUACAUGGGAACAUUGCGACAGAAGUGUGUAGUAGAACCACCUCCAUAUACAGCCACACCCUCCUACAGCUAUGCUCAGUAUUACAACGAUCACAUCAAAAAUUCCUCAAACUGGUAUGAGUCUGAUGGUGAGAUAGUAUUAUGUGGCAAUGUUUCCGGCUCACAGAAAUGCCCAGAUGGAUAUGUUUGUCUAAAGGACAUUGGAGAGAACCCAAACUGGGGAUACACAAACUUUGACCACUUUGGCUGGGCCAUGCUUACCUCAUUUCAACUGAUGACUUUAGAUUUUUGGGAAGACACUUAUAACAAGGUUUUACAGACCUCGGGUCCUUGGAAUGUUAUAUUCUUCAUCAUUGUGGUUUUCUUUGGUGCUUUCUACUUGGUCAAUCUCAUGUUAGCUGUGGUCGCGAUGUCCUAUGAGCAGGAGUCCGAAGCAGCUGGCAAGGAAAAACGGAAAAUGACUAUGUUUAAGCCUUAUGCUGAAAAAGGGACGGAGGAAAAAGAGAAAGAACUGAAAAAUAAAAAUAGAAAGAAGAAAAAGAAGAAGAAGGAAGAGAAGAAAGAUCCAUGGCAAGAACUGGCUGAUGAGACAGUGAAGGCUGCUACUGCUGCUGUAGAACUGGCCUACCCGCACCACCAUGCAAAAAUCCCGACAAGCUCAACAACCCGCCCACUUGGCCACCCAAAUCACCAAUCAUUGGGAGACAAGACACGCCCACAUAUAAAACGUAAUCCUAUGGUAAAGAUGGCAAGCAAAGACAGCGGCACGGGAAAUUCUGUGGAAAGUUCAAGGUCAAACGGUAGCAAGGAUGGAGAUUAUCUGAUAACGGAGGAUGGAAGUUUUGGUGGAAGUACAGUUGACAUCCUCAAGAAAGAAGGACAGAAAGUACCACCAUUCAGAAAGCCAUUUGUGAAACAAGCCAGCUCCGGCAUGUUUCAAAAUAAAUCCUUGACCCAAAGGUCUAUGGUGUCAUCAUCUGGUGUGACCUUGACACAGGAAAAGAUCCUGAGUGAAACAGAAGCGGAUAUUGAUCAGGGAAUGUAUGAUGAUGAAACUUCAGAGGAUAAUGAAACAAAAACAAGUCCUGGUAGACAAUAUGUGGAAAACAAAUACCCAAAUUUAGUCAUCAUUGAUGUUGGAGGAGAAACAUAUGAGAAUGACCCAGAAAAAGGUCAGGUAGUCAACAGAAACCCUGAAUGUUGUUUCAACUGUUGCGGGGGCAAACUGAUGGUACCGUGGUUACGAUUCCAGCAGAUAUGCUUCAAGAUUAUAGCCGAGCCCCUGUUUGAUCUCUUCAUCAUUCUCUGUAUCCUGCUGAACACAGCUUUCAUGGCUGCUGAACAUCAUAAUCAACCAGAGGGACUCACACAACUUCUAAAUGUCUCAAACUAUGUGUUUUCUGGAGUGUUUAUUGUUGAGGCAAUACUAAAGCUGUCGGCAUUGACAAAGUAUUAUUUCAGUAAUCCCUGGAAUAUAUUUGACCUGGUGAUCGUGAUUGCCAGUAUCGUAGAUAUGGCUGUAGUCGGUGUAGAUGGUCUUACAGUAUUCAGAUCCUUCCGAUUAAUGCGUGUCUUCAAGCUCGCUCAGUCCUGGCCUACAAUGAGGUUGUUGUUGUCUAUCAUUAUGAACACCCUGGGUGCCCUGGGAAACUUGACAUUGAUUCUGUGCAUUGUCAUAUACAUAUUUGCUGUGAUUGGUCUGCAACUCUUCAAUGAUAAAUAUACAGAAGAGAAAUUUGGUGGUGAUGGAGUUCCUAGGUGGCAUUUUAAAGAUAUAUUUCACUCCUUCAUGAUGAUUUUCCGAGUGCUGUGUGGAGAAUGGAUUGAACCACUGUGGGACUGUAUGCGUGCUGCAAAUGAAAUCUGUAUGGCUGUCUUCCUACCAACCCUGGUUCUGGGAUAUUUCAUUGUGCUGAACCUUUUCCUGGCUCUGUUGCUGAAUGCAUUUGCGAGCGAUACUUUACGUGAUGCGAAGGAAAGCCAGGAAGAUACAAAGCUGAAGAUUGCCUUCAAGCGUCUCUAUGACUUGUUCUGUUGCUGCCUCAAGAAGAAGAACAGCGAUGUUAAUUCUGUUACUCCUGACAGAGAAGAUGAAGAACUAGGUUCUGUUGAGGAAAUACAUGAAAAGUCAAAUGGUGUGAAGCCAGCGAAUGGUGCUGUCAACAAAAAUGAUGUAGUGGACAAUGCAUUUUCUGCAAAACGUGAUCAGUAUUAUGACUUUAACAAAACAUUAGAGGAUUCUAAGAAAAAAGAUAAAGUAGUACCUGAUGAUAUUAAAGAUCAGACUAAAGACACAGCAGCCAUUUUAGAUGAAGACAAAAAAUCAGAGAAAAAGGAAAAAGAAGGUGUGCGUAUUUACAAAGUUCCAAAGCCAAAGCCAAAACCAAAAAAGAAUGCAAAAGAUAUAAACAAAGUUGAUACAACACUAAAUGUGAAACCAGUGAAAGACGCAGAUGAACUAGAACUAGGAGCUGAAGCAUCAAAUAUCAAAGAGGAGGAUAAAGAUGAAAAAGAAGAAGAGAAGAUUAUUGAAGUGUAUGAUUGGUGGCCUCUCUGGAUGUCUAGAAGAUUAAAGAAGUGGAAUCGUUGUUUCUGUUGUUGGGGCACUGGGGACUCCAAGUUUUGGGAAAAUUGGUUCAUGUUUCGUGUGUACAUGAAUAUGAUAGCAGAACACAAGAUCUUUGAGGGUAUAAUACUGUUCCUGAUUGGUGCCAGCAGUAUUUCCUUGGCGUUUGAGGAUGUGAACUUGUAUUCAAGACCGGAACUGGAAAGUGCCCUCUACUGGCUAAAUAUUAUUUUUGCUACAUUAUUUGGUAUUGAAAUGUUGAUAAAAUGGUGUGCUUUUGGUUUCAAAAGGUACUUCACAAGCUUCUGGUGCUUACUCGACUUCCUCAUUGUAGUGAUUUCAGUAGCUAGCUUGGUUGCGGAAGCAUAUGGUGCUGCAAACUUCUCAGCUUUCCGCUCCUUGAGAACAUUACGUGCAUUGAGACCUCUUAGAGCUAUUUCAAGAUGGCAAGGAAUGAGGAUUGUUGUAAAUGCACUGAUGAUGGCUAUCCCAAGUAUUGUAAAUGUACUUGUGGUAUGCUUAGUCUUCUGGCUCAUAUUCAGCAUCAUGGGUGUACAGUUCUUCAAGGGAGAGUUUUAUUUCUGCGGGCCAUCUGCUGAUGAAAUGGCUGAUCCAGAUGUCAUUCCAGAUAAAGCAACUUGUCUCGCCAAUAACAUGACUUGGCAAAAUUAUGACAUCAAUUUCGAUAAUGUGUUGCAGGGAUUUUUGGCCUUAUUUCAAGUGGCAACAUUUGAAGGGUGGAUGGAGGUGAUGUCCCUGGCUGUAGACAGUGUUGGUGUGGACAUGCAGCCCAAGUUUGAGAACUCUCUCUAUAUGUACCUGUUCUUUGUUGCAUUUAUUAUAUUUGGAGCCUUCUUCACCCUUAACCUCUUCAUUGGUGUGAUUAUUGACAACUUCAAUAUGCUCAAGAAAAAGUACGAUGGAAGUUAUCUAGAUAUGUUCCUUACUUCUGGACAACGUCAGUAUUACAACACAAUCAAGAAACUGGGCAAUAAGAAGCCACAGAAAACUAUAAAAAGGCCAAAGAACAAAGUUCAGGGAAUCUUCUACGAUAUAUCCAAUAGCAGCAAGUUUGAGCUGUGUAUUGUGAUUUUCAUUUUCUUAAAUAUGAUCCAAAUGGCCGUGGAUCAUUACAACCAGACUCAGAUGGUCACAGACGUGCUUGCCAUGCUCAACAUUCUCUUUGUUGUCAUCUUUACUCUGGAGGCCAUCGUCAAAAUUAUUGGUCUCCGUUGGCACUACUUCACCAUGCCAUGGAAUGUGUUUGACUUCGUUGUCGUUAUACUGUCUUUGCUGGGUGUAAUCCUCAGCGACAUUAUCUCAAGUGUUAUUGUAAGUCCAACAUUGUUGCGUGUGGUGCGAGUCUUCCGAAUAGGUCGUGUAUUACGCCUCAUUAGGGCGGCUAAAGGAAUCAGAAAGCUGCUGUUUGCACUUGUAAUUUCACUACCAGCGCUGCUCAAUAUUGGAAUGCUUUUGUUCUUGAUUAUGUACAUCUAUGCCAUCAUCUUUUUAUCUACCUUCCAAAACCUGAAAAUAACUGGAGUCCUUGACGAGGAUGUAGUAAAUUUUAAAACUUUCCUCAACAGUUUCUUGCUCUUGUUCCGCUGUUCAACAGCAGCUGGAUGGAAUGACGUGCUACUUCCAAUGUUGAUUCAACCACCAAAUUGUAAUAAUACCCAUUACGUCCGUGAUGAUGGUGUGGUUAUCGAAGGAUCGCCCGGCGACUGCGGCACACCUUGGAUGGCCGUUUUUGGGCUGACAAGUUACAUUCUUAUUAUAUUCUUAGUAGUAAUAAAUAUGUUUAUUGCCGUUAUUCUUGAAAACUUUAAUCAGGCUCAUGAGCAGGAAGAGGCGGGAAUAACAGAGGAUGAUUUUGAUAUGUUUUAUUUAAUCUGGGAAAAGUAUGAUCCUUUGGCAACGCAGUUUAUCAAGUAUGAACAGAUGUCGAAUUUCGUUGCAGACUUGGAUCCACCGCUUAGUAUACCUAAGCCAAAUGAAAUAGCGUUAGUUUCAUUUGAUCUUCCUAUAGCUGAAGGUGAUAAGUUGCAUUGUUUAGAUGUGCUAAUGGGGCUGGUAAGGUAUGUGUUAGGAAAUGUUGAAGAGACGCCAGAAUUUAAACAGUUGCACGAACAAAUGGAAAGAAGAUUUCAGACAGCUUUCCCAACUCGUGUCACAACUGUUCGUAAGACUACAACUAUGAUGCGAAAAAAGGAAGAUGUUGCAGCCAAAACCCUGCAAAGAGCUUGGAGAAGCUGGAAAGCUCAAAAGCAGAUGAAAAACAUUGCUGCAUUGGCAAUGCAACAUCACAGUCAGUUAAGUGCUGCAAAUGUUUUGGAAACUCGCCAGAAAUCGAGCUCAAUUCGUAACCUUGGAGUGAGACUUUCAACUGCGCUGGGUGCAUUCUUUGGUUCGACGAGAUCUAGUAGUGCUGUUAGUAGUUUAGCAAGUGAACAAUUAACAAACGGUGAAUCAAACAAUCCGAGGGCAAGGAAUGUCCAGAGCACUAUGGAGAUGCCUCAGGUUUCAUCUUCACACAGUCGAGACAGGAAACGUGAUGUGUUGUUAUGAUAGGGGCCUUAUUGAUACGUCUUGUUGUUUAAAUCUGUGUACUACAAUGGUUGAUAUAGGUCAACAUGUGAAUAUGUAAUUUAUUGCAUUAGUUGUUGCAUUUAUAAGGUUUUAAUGUAUGUUACAUUAAAAGAACAAUGACGUAUUUUUACAGAAUGGCAUAUUUAUGCAUAAAAUGUAUUGCACAUUUUAUGUUGCAAUGUGUAACUGACUCCUAACACAAGAACUGAGCGAUAAGAAAUAUACUUCACAGAGAAAAAGUGAACUAUUUUUCAUUUAAACUUCAUAUAUCCUAGGUGUUAACUCUUUUACUCUCUACAAGGAUAUUGAAUGUUGAAAGAUGUCACUCUUGUUUAUUUCUUUAACGGUCGUGUGACCCCUAUCUCAAUAUAAAUUUAUAGUAAUAUCGCUGUUUGCAACAACUGAAACAUAUAGAAUUUUACUUGCAAAAUAUCGUUUUUAUAGAACGUUAAUAAAAUGAUCUAGUGCCCUAGGUUAGAUUUAUUAUCAAACACGUCGUGAAACAUAUAACUGGGAGUCAUAUGUAUAUGUCAGUUAAUGACCAGAACUGGCCACGGAUUCCAAAUUAAUGUAUGAAAAAAUGCGUAACGUUAUACUUAAAAAAGGACAGUCUUCGCUGACACUAGUCUUACUGGUAAAGAGAAAUACGUUACCUAGCAAGAUUUCUUCUCGAAAACGUUAAAGUUUUAUUUCUCUCAGCAUUGUUGUACUUUUACCUACAAUAACGUUUUUAUCGAUGUUAACAAAUAUAGAGGCCGCUCGCCUACCUCGAUAGGGAGAGCGUAGAUCCACGGUCACGGUCCCGGGGCGAGGCGUAUGUACUACGUGAUGAUUAUAAAAGAGACAUUAUAUCUUACGUCAGUACUUACGUCAUUUCGUCAUCCGCCUCUGAUUCAAGUCGAGAGGUUGUUAGUUACUUUCGGAGUAUUGUUAAUAUUAGUAAAGAAAAAAUGAACACUGGUUAAAUCAAAUGUCCGUUGUUAUAUAACAGAAAUACUUAAAUGAAAAGGGCGCUAAUCUCAAAACAAAUAAAAACAUUAUGUGACAGAUACCUUUAUUCAACCUUUAUGUUUUAAUUUUGAGAAAAGAACCUGUUGCAGAUAUUGUUUUUGUUUUUUUGCAGCAGUUAAUUUUACUUUUGUCACUUAAACUUACUGUACAUGUACAUGUCGAAGAAACCCUUGCCAAAUAGUAUUUAUCAUCUGUGAUAACUUAUUAUGAUGACUGAUAUUAUAUUUUGUAACAUGUUAUUUUGUUCUGUACAUAAUUGUCCAUUGGAAAAUAUGUUUGCCCAAUAUGUUCCAAUCAUUAAUAUUUCAUUCUAGAAAUAAUUUCCAUAUUAUUUCAUGUAUACAAUUUUGAAAAUACUUUAAUAAAUACAUGCCGUUGAUAUUCGAGAAGUAAAUUCGUUUAUUUGCCAUAAACAUUCGCAGAGACGUAUUUUAUUUCUUUUAUACAACUUCGAAAAUUCGUUUACUAGUAACUAAUUGUUUUUAUAUGUCGCAAACAGUUGCAAAGACGUAUUUUAUCUGGCAUUGAAAAUUUAAAACAAACCAACUUUAAUUACUUUCAUAUACAUUUGGGGGAAAAAACGUAAUAUCAACCUGCAGUAUGGUACCAUUUGUAUUUACGUUGUUGGUUAAGACAAACAUAAAUAUUUCCAUUUUACUUCAUCUAAGGUAAUUGCCUUUCUCCCAUUCAUUAAUGUAUAUACACACAUAUAUUUUCACAAAUUGAGCCAAAUCAAAUAUGCAUGAUUUGAAAUUCUGUAUAAAAGUCAAAUAAUUACUUGUAAAUUGGAAUAAUUUCAUGUUUUAUUGUAUCCUGUAUAUUUUAUCAAAAUUUUAACGAUAGAUUUAAUGAGAAAAGAAUCAUACGAAAAUCAAAAAAAAAAGCUGUGUUACAUAAAAGAAUGACGUACAGUAUUAUGAUAUAGAAAUUUUAUUGCGCGAGGUACUGAGGUGGUUUAAUAGUAAGAUUUUGUGUAUUUUUCAUUUAUAUAACAUUUCGAACGUAGCAACACUUAACGGUUAUCAUAAGUGCCCAUUGUAGUAUCAAAUGUUAUCAGUUACUUUUUCCAGUUUCAUCUUUUGCAUUAUAUAUUGAUUGUUUUUGUCAUUUUUUUUCUUUUUCAUCGUGAGCAGUUUGAACUUGCCGUAAUUUGUUGCCGUAUUUUAUUCCAUAAUUAUUUUGUUUUGUCUUUACUAUGUCAGUAUGUUUUUUCUGACCUUAAUGUCUAUGUUAGAUAUUUUGUUGUUUAUAAAUAUCUCGCCGACCCAACUAUACGUCAUAUGGCGACUUUCCAGCAGUGGAGAAGGCCUAGGGUGACCCUUCGAACAUUAUUUCAGGCACAAGCGGGCACAUGGGUAGAACCAUCGAUCAUCUAGAUGGCUUCCUCACAUAAAAGAAUUCUGCUCCCUAAGCGAAGUUUCGAAUCAAGAGCGGCGAUUUGAAGUGGUCUUCUUCCGUAACCACUUGGUCUCAAGGCCGUCUUUCAAUGUUAGAGCACUGGCGUUAGUUAUGGUUGUCUCAUGUAAAAUUAAUUGGAAUAGUCCUAUCAGGUUACAUGUUACUACCAGUAUCAAAUAAAUUUGAUAUGACCAGCUAGAAUACAGCCAGCUUAUAACAAUUUUAAAACGUCGUCAUAUACCAUAAUAAAUAUCAGACAGUUAAAAUGCUUACUUCUAUGCUAUUCUAAAUGAUUUCAUCAUAUAUAUUAAUAUUUUAGGAAGGGGAACAGUCAGUUUUGUUUAAUGCUUUGACAAAUUUAUCCAGCAGUUUCCCGACGAAGAAAUUUUAAGUUUAAAUAUCUUAGUAACUUUGUACAUUUCUUCCUAGAAGUACUGAGAAAGGGCCGCGAGAUGUUACAAAAAUGUCUGUGUAAAUCUUUUUUCGUAUAUUCAUACACAUUUUACACCAACUGUUUUUUACCGUUGUUAGAAGAUUUAAUUAUAUUCUAGGAAGCGGACUCGAGAGUGGUUCAAAUAAUCUUGUAGAAUCUAGCAUAGUCAUAGUCUGUGUCGGUGUUUUAAAAGUACCAUUACAACUCUAUCAAUAUUUUGCAAAAUCAAAUAUAAUCUUUUAAUAGCUUCUAAAAUGUACAUGUACUUGAACUUCAAAUGUCUAAGACUGAAAUUGCUGCAAAUAUGUAGAAUGGUAUUGUAAUAUGGUUUUAAUCACUAGAGUGGUGUAUAUUCCAAAAGAUGGCAAUGUUUUAUUUAUUCUAGUUUUUACCAAGAAUAUGUAUAGCAUUAAACUGCACAGAAGUCAUUGUUUUGCAUGUAUAAGUAAUUAAUCUUCGUAUAUUUAACAUUAUUAAUGUCGAGGGAUAUUUUAUUGUUUUCCCAGAGUUGUUGACGUUUGUUUUACCUUUAAGCCUCAUAACUUGAUGCUAGGUUGACCAAAAGUUUAUGAAAUAAAAUAAAUUAGAA